AUGAGAGAUAAUCCUGAGAGAUUCAUUGAAAGUAAUACAGAAAUCUCUUGGUUAGAAUACCUUAAUAAUAUGUCUAUGCAAGGGACAUGGGGCUAUGCUAAGAUAAUACAAGCUGUGGCUGAUCAGCUUAAGUUAAAAAUUACUAUUGCAGAGACACAUGAAGGUUUUCGUGAGUACAGUAUAAUACAACCUGUAUCAUCAACACAGCAACUAACUCCUGUCUAUUUGGGUCAUAUAGAUGAGUAUCACUAUGUAUCAACAUUGCCAUGUACUUCAACGUCGGAUUUUGUUGAGAUAUAUCCUGAACAGUCAACCCAGAGCUCUCAGCCUAAGCAAACAAGAACACAGUAUAUAAACAAAUACAUGAAACAAAAACGAGCUAAUGAGACACAGAGCCCUGAGGCUAAGGAAAAGAGAAGAGUUUAUGCAAAGGAAUAUAGGAAACGUAAACAGGCCAGUGGGAGUUCCCAUUCCUUGGCACUGAACAUUGAGGCUAAGCAAAAGAAAAGACUGUACGCAAAGGAAUAUAGGAAACAAAAACAGGGCAGUGAGAGUUCCCAACCCUCACCACUGAGCAUUGAGGCUAAGCAAAAAAAAAAGAAUGCACGCAAAGGAAUAUAUGAAGCGUAA